AUGCCACCAUCUCCUCUGCCACAACCAAUCACCUUCACCGUUUGGAUGGGAGGAAAACGAAGAAUAGAGAAUGUCAAGAGUUGGCAUUUCCCUGUUGUUGGAAUUGGAAGAAAGCAUAUCACAAAACGAAUAUAUGAGGGGACGGGUUCAUCGCAUGGUUAUCUUCGUGCCACGCAGGGUGCAAUCAAACCAACCAAAUAA